AUGGUUCAUUCUAAUGGGGACAUACCAACGGUCGCCAAGCUUCAGUACCUUCUACAAUCGCUUGAAGGGGACGCAAAGAAGCCAUUCGAAUCAGUUGACGUCGAAGCCGACAACUAUGCGUCAACAUGGGACGCCCUACACAAGAGGUACGACAAUCGCCGUUUUCUCAAACGUCAGCUGUUUAGGACACUCUACGAGCUGCCAGCGGUCAAGCAGGAAUCUGCUAAGCGCAUCCACAGUCUGGUCGACGAUUUUCAGCGCCAUGUACGGGUGUUGGCGAAAUUGGAUGAACCUGUGGAGCAAUGGGAUACGCCGCUGGUGAACAUGCUGUCGUAUAAGCUGGACCAAUCCACAUUGCGAGCAUGGGAGGAGAAAACGAGCAGCCAGGACGAUGUCAAGUACGAGGAACUGGUUGAGUUCCUGUACCAGCGGGUGCGCGUCCUCAAUUCUGUCGGGCCAGAUACGCAGCAACCGGCACCUCCAAAGGUGGCCGGCCCCCCGAGUUGGAAGGGCACGAAGGUGAAGUUCGCAGCUAACGCAGCUGCUACGCCCAACCAAGAUUCUCCAUGUCAGUUAGCAUGUUCAGACAGCCACUCCCUCCGCAACUGCCCAGUGUUCCUAGGAAAGGAUGUCCGCCAGCGCCGAGAGCUGGUUUCGCAAAAACGGUUGUGUUGGAACUGUCUAAGCUUCGGUCACCCAGCCAGGAAGUGUGUAUCGAAGUUUACGUGUCGUACGUGCCACGAAAGACAUCAUUCCCUGUUACACGAUUCCUCUCCAUCCAGGGUGUCAUCGAGUCCUGCCAUUACGGGAUCAUCACAACAAUCUCCACCGGUUCAACAGCCGCAUUCGUCCAGUUCGGGUUCUGCUCCACCGCAGGUCAGCAUGGCGGUCCAAACUGCAUGCAGUAUGGUUCUACUGGAAACGGUUGUUCUCAACGUUGUUGAUGAUCAUGGCAGGGAACACAAGGCUCGUGCUCUACUCGACUCGGCGUCAAUGUCAAAUUUCAUCUCCGGUCAGUUAGCGAAGGUUCUCCUCAGCCGUCGCACCAAGGUGAACAUUUCGGUCGCAGGAAUCGGUCUCUCAACGCAAAGGGUGAAAAAUCCCAUCACCGCCUCCAUUGAAUCGAGAACUCAGCCAUUCUCCACUAAGCUCGAGUUUCUCAUUCUGAAGCAGCCAUCCGCAGAGCUGCCGACCAUGCCGGUCGAUACGUCGGCGUGGAAAUUCCCGCAGGUUGGAUUAGCAGAUCCACAGUUCCACGUCCCAGGAAGGAUUGACCUCGUCAUCGGAAGGGAGGCCUUCUGGGAACUUCACACCGGUAGGAAGAUCUCGCUCGGUAACGGUCUUCCGUGGGUAGUCGAAACACCAUUCGGAUGGGCGGUCUCUGGUUCCGCGUCCAAUGGAUCUACCUGCAUAUCCCGGAUCUGCAAUCUCUCCAUUACCAAUGAAGAUUUGGAAGCCACACUUCAGAAGUUUUGGGAGUUAGAAGCGAUUUCCACUGGGCCUGCACACUCACCCGAAGAAAAUCGCUGUGAAGAGUUGUACUCCAGUACAGUCAAGCGUGAUUCGACUGGAAGAGCCAUCGCAGAACGCCGUUUUCACAGCCUGGAGCGCCGUUUGCAACGAGAUCCUGCAAUCAAGGAAUCGUAUCAUCGCUUCAUGGAUGAGUACCUACAGCUCGGUCACAUGAGAAGGCUUGACGAGCCUGUAGAUGACGUGAAGGCUCACUGUUAUCUCCCACAUCAUCCCGUGUUCAAGAAGUCGAGCACUACUACGAAAGUUAGGGUCGUUUUCGACGCGUCCUGCAAGACGGCGUCAGGAUAUUCGCUGAACGACACGCUGUUGGUCGGACCCGUAGUUCAGCAAGAUCUACUCUCCAUCGUGAUGAGAUUUCGGACACAUCACGUCGCUCUGGUUGCGGACAUCGAGAAGAUGUACCGGCAAGUAUUCCUGCAUCUUGAAGAUCAGCCGUUUCAGCGAAUUCUUUGGCGUACAGGCCCAGACGAACCCAUCACUACCUAUGAACUGCAGACAGUAACGUACGGAACAGCAAGCGCUCCUUACCUAGCUACUCGUACCCUGCAGCAGAUUGUACAGGAUACCAGGCAGUCGUAUCCAAUCGCGAGUGGGCCAGUUACGGAAGACUUCUACGUCGACGAUUUUCUUUCUGGAGCGCCGGACGUAGAAUCCGCCAUGAAGCUGCGUCGCGAGGCAUCGGCAAUGCUAGCUUCCGCUGGAUUACCGCUCAGGAAAUGGGCAUCGAAUUCUCCUGAAGUACUUGGGGAUGUACCACCUGAUGAUGUGGCAAUUCAGCCGUUCCACAAUCUUCAGGAUGACCAGGCCGUCUCCACGCUCGGCCUCAUUUGGGAACCAAAGUUGAACAUACUCCGGUUCAAGGUUCAGUUGCCGUUAGCCGCAUCACGAAACGCAAGCAUCCAGCUUCACUUCUUCUGCGAUGCGUCUGAGCGCGCAUAUGGGACAUGCUGUUACGUCCGAACCGAAGCACACGGCACAGUUUCGGUCCAGUUGUUGGCGUCCAAGUCCAAGGUAGCUCCGCUUUCUACUCGCCAGACAAUAGCCAGACUGGAACUCUGCGCCGCACAUUUGUCGACCCAGCUGUACAAGAAGCUGAACGCGACGCUGAAGCUUCCUGCGACUGUUCAUUUCUGGACAGAUUCCACUACUGUCCUCCAAUGGCUUCGCGGGAACCCGAGUCGUUGGAAGACUUUCGUCGCAAACCGAGUCUCGCAGAUACAGCUUUCAACCGAUCUCAACCGCUGGAAGCAUGUUCCUGGAGUCGACAAUCCUGCUGACGACAUAUCCCGAGGAUUGAGUCCAACCGACAUCCUCAACUGUACACGAUGGUGGACUGGGACACCGUGGCUAUCAAGGUCUCCGGAUUUUUGGCCAAAUCCAACGUUACCCGCAGCAGAAACUCCUGAAGUGUCCGCCGAAGGACGCAAGAUACCACUAGUUUCCAUGACCACGACACAACUGAGUUUCUGCACCGAUUUAUUCGCUCGCUACUCCAACUUCUCCAAGCUGCGCCGAGUGACCGCGUUCAUUCAGCGUUAUCUGCACGUGCUUCGUGAACGAGCCUCGCAACGUCGUUCGGAAAAGGAGAAGUACAAGCCACUCGUCAUCCCGAGCAUUAACCCGCACCCAGUCCAUCCGCUUACCGCACAAGAACUCCAACACGCCGAACUUACGCUCUGUCAUCUCGUGCAGGGUGAACUUUUCGCUGAGAAGAUUUCCGAUCUCGCUAGUGGCGAACGUGUCGCAAGAUCUUCCACGCUGAAGUGGUUGAACCCGUUCGUCGAUCCCGAAGGCACCGUACGUGUCGGUGGCCGGCUUCGCAAUGCCGCGCUGACCGAUGCGAAGAAACACCCUAUCGUCCUCUCUGCCAAGCAUCCGCUCGCUGUUCUGUUGGCUACGGAGUUAAGUCCGAAGGUGUACGUGGCCAUAUUCGUCUGCUUCUCUACGAAGGCAGUUCACAUCGAGCUAGUGAGCGACCUGUCUACUCCAGCGUUCCUAGCUGCACUCCGUCGUCUGGUCGCCCGCAGAGGAAAGGUGGUAGAGUUGCACUCUGACAACGCUACCGCUUUCAAAGGUGCAUCGAAUGCACUGAACCGCAUCUACCGCAUGCUGAAGGUCGAUGAGUCUGAUCGGAAUCAGAUCUUCGACUGGUGCUCCGACAACGAAAUUCGCUGGAAGUUCAUCCCACCUCGAGCACCACACUUUGGCGGUCUUUGGGAGGCUGCAGUGAAGUCAGCGAAGACACACCUGUUGAAGGCAAUCGGCAACGUGAACGUUGCGUACGAGGACAUGCUCACACUGCUGGCGCAGAUAUAG